AUGGCUAAUGAUAGAGAAACCGAACCCGAUUUUAUUUCAUUUUUACGACAAAUACCUGAAUUUCGUGGAUUUCCUAUUGAUAAAAUUCCGCAUGACAGUCCCCAUAUUUGUCAAGUUGUUUACUAUCGUAUGGGUACAUUAAUGAGUAAAGAUUCAAAUGAAGAUGAAUGGAUUUAUGUUAUUCGUACAGGUUCUUGUCGAGUUAUUAAAGCACUAACACAAGUUACACCAAAAUUAAUAACAAGAAAAAAACCUAAAGUUAUUUAUGAUAAUUUUGGUACAAAACGUACUUCACAAUAUAGUAUGGAAGCAUUAGGCACAUUUAAUAAACCGAAAUCACCGAUUAAACCCGCUAAAUGUUAUACUGAAAUUGAACAAAUGCGUGAAAAAAGUGUUUUUGGUUUAGUAAGCGUCGUUUUUGGACAAUUAAAAAAUGCACUAAGUGUUACAUUAGUCUCUGAUGGAGCUGAAUGUAUUCGAAUACGUAAAAGUUUUUUUAUUAAAAUGACACCAGAAAUUUUAUUCGAUCGAUUACGACGAGAGGUUCGACCUUAUGUAACUGAUGAUGAACUACAGAAAAAACUUCAACGUGAAGUCGAUUGGACAGCAUAUAAACAUUUACUGGUAAAAAGAAUUUAUGAACGAAAUGCAAGAAAUCGUUUGAUAACAUUUAAUUAUUAA